UUUCGUUCAUUUAAACUCUCAUUUAUGCAACGAAAUCACUUUCUUUACAAAAUCACCAAUUAAAUGGAAUAAUGAAAAACAUUAUGACAUGACUUUGCGAAGAAGUUUUGGAUUUUUAACUCUUCAUAAUGCUCUCUCGUCUUUCCCAGAUGGAGACCGACUCGGAAAUUGGCGAAACCUUUAAGCUUACACAGUCUCGCGUAUCGCCGAGAAAAUCUAUCAACGCAUUUUCGGACGAACUUCUAAACUGUCAGUUGUGCCACAGUCGGUUCAAGAACCCCAAGAGCUUGACGUGCCUACAUUCGUUUUGCGAGACUUGCUUGGAUAUUUACAUAGCUAAACUUCCGGGAGGGAAAAAUCGUUUUUUUCCGUGCCCAGUUUGCCGUGAGCUGAAUCCGGUUCCUAAACCUGACCAGGCGGAAAACGUGCCAGAAUCUGAAAAGUGGGCUCCCGAAUUGCCGGGGGAAUCAUUUACGAUGACGUCUCGAUCAAGAAGAUCUUCAGUCGAUGAGUUUACGGAGCGUUCGGAGCGCACGGAACGAUCAAUGGCCUUGACGCUUCGUAAUGACAGGAAGUGUAGCCCAUGUGCGGAAAAUGACGAGAUUGUACAAGCUUUAUACUGGUGUCCCACGUGCAGAGAAGCCCUGUGUGAUAUGUGUACGAAAAGUCAUCGAGGAAUGAAAAUAACCAAAAGCCACGCAUUGAUGGAUAUUGACGACCUUAAGGAAAGGCCUGUACACAUGAUCCGGUCACGUGAAAUAUGUCCCGAACAUAGAGGCAAACUGCUAGACUUGUACUGCCAAGACCACCAGUGCAUGGUGUGUAACACGUGCGUGGCAAUCCACCACCGACGUUGUGACACCAUAUUAGCUAUUGAUAGAGUUGCUCGGACGAAUCGAUCUCAGAAAACGAAUAAAUCUCUUCAGCAAAGACUGAGGCAUUGUAUUAAUGUUGUAGAUCAUGUCUUAUCCAUCAAAGAGCAGUCAAAGGCCAGGCUUAUCACUAGGAAAGAGGGGAUUCUUGACGAAGUUGCUAAACUAAAAAUGUCAAUAAUACAACUUCUUGAUGAGCUGGAAGAAAAAAUGAAGGAUGAAAUUGACGCUGUCUGUCGUGAUUAUGAGGACAUUCUGCAAGGAAAGAUUGACCGCAGCAAGGGACUCCGAGAUUCUAUCCAGAGUGCUCUUUCAACAAUACAGAGCACAUUAGAUGCCGGGACAGAUUACCAGCAAGUUCUAGCAACUCAGACAUUAAAAGAGGAAGUCGAAAAGUACGAACAUAUGGCCGAUAACGAGAGAAUCGACUACAAGGAUGUUGAUUUGAUGUUCACAGCUGACGAGAAUCUAGUGAGAAUGGCGAAAAUGGUGGAUCGGAUGGGAUAUGUAGAAAUCUCCGAGAAACGGGAAAUGUCAAAACCAUUCAGACACUGUUCUGCGCAGAAAAAUGGAAUCAUCAAUGGCAAAGUCAAAGGAGACAGGAAUGGCUGCAUCUUUAAUUCGGUUGAUAUUUCUGAUACAGGCGAAAUUAUCCUGUCUGAUUUCAACAACUGUUGCGUGAAGCUGUUUGACGCAUUCGGAAUGUUUCGGUCGUCGUCGAAACUAAAUUCACCUCCACGUGGAGUCAGCAUGCUGCCAGACAGAAUGGCUGCCGUAGCCCUUCCGGAAGAAUGCGUGAUAAAGCUCAUGUCAGUAGAGGGAAAGUUUUUGUCAAAUGUUCGCGAAUUGCACACCUCUUUCAAGGCUUAUAGAAUAAGUAAUUAUCGUGGGAAAUUAGUCGGUAUACUAUACUCGAAGGCCUGCAGAAGUUUAUCUAUAAUAGAAAGGAAUGGUCGCGUAGAAAAGACCAUGACGCGCAAACGCGACUACAAGGGACUAGGAGGCGUAGCUUACGAUCCUGUGAAAAAUUACAUUUACAUGUCAGAUCGUGAUGCAAUUUCUUGCUAUAAUGGAGCUGGAAAGCAGGUUUUUCGAAAUACAUACAGAAGGACGGAUCUCCGUGGAAUGGCGCUUGACUGCCAAGGAAAUAUAUACGUCUGUUCACACGACUCGGGGCAAGUACUCCAAAUAUCUCCUGAUGGAACGUUGAUAAAGUCGAUUUUGGUUCCCAUAUCACCGCAAGAUGUCGCAAUAGAACCAAUGGGGAACAAAAUGGUGGUCGUCGGUCUUGGAGAAGUAGUGCACGUGUACAAUCUCGUCUGAAUUUGCUUACUAGCAAAUCGUUGCAGACAUUUUUUCAUUUUUAUAUAUAAGAAACUGCAUUAUAUCAUGAAAUGAUGAACAGUCAAAAAGAGAAAUAAGGAGUAAAUGCCUGUAUUACAUAAUUUGUAAAUCCAUGCAGCGUUAAAGGUUAGAUCAUUAAUCAUGUAAAGUAUGUUGCUUGCAGUGAACGUAGCGCCCUCAGUUAUUAAAUUUGCAAAUUAAUGCACCGCAUGCAUGCGGAAGAGUUGAAACUUUGUCAUAUUUGAGAACAGCGUACCAGCAUGAUAAGACAGUAUGAUACGAUUUCAUGUGAUUAUAGUAUGGUAAUCAAAAUUUAGAAGUAUAUCAUCUACUUGAUAUGACUUUAUUUCCGUUUUCAUUUAUUUUCAUUUAAAUAUACCUACAAACAUGUAUUAUCUGUAUAUCAUGUUCAGUGCAUUAUUUGACGUAUUCAUUUACCAUCAAGUUAUGGCGGACCUGUUUGCUGUUUGGAUAGUGUGCUCCCCACAUACAUGUAUGUACAUUGUUAUAGUCUAUCUUAGUUGAAACAGUCAGUUCAGGAGUUCUACUUCAUCAACGUUUUAAGUACCA